ACGACUCAUGGAGGAAUAAGAUGUCUCGCAUCAUUGGUCGCUGCCUUUUUCAAGAAGCAGAAGUAUGUUGGGCCAUUGCGUUGAUCCGGCAAUUCGAAGCGCUUUCUAAGAUUGAUAAAAGCCUUGAUCUCGAUCAAGCUUUGUCCAUUCAGGAACUGAUAAAUAAUAUCCCGAAACAAUUUAUUGAAGACGAUGGUACACUACUUGACAUGGUUCAUGCAAAAGAUCCUCUGUGGACUUAUGGAACAGUGUUGGAACAUGUAUGUCCGCUCACGUACGCCCUCAACAUCACAGGAUCUUCUCCUGAGCCUGCAGUGAGAUACAUGAUUAAUGAAAUGACUAUUCAUUACUUGGAUACCUAUAUGGAUGAUUACAAAGAUUUUGGUGAGGUAUGCUUCGAGGAAACAAUAGAGCGUCUUCUUACAAUAUCACCUCUGGCGGCUAGGAUACCUAUGUGUUGGAGUUCUUAUAAGUCUACAGAGAAUGGACAGAUUUAUGACCCUACCCCUGACGAGAUCGCAGAAGCGAAUGAAAAUGGAUAUGGCCACCACAUGUUACUCACCGGGUAUGGGAUAGAUGAGAACAACAUCCCUUACUGGGAGUUUCAGGACACGAAGGGCGACACUUGGGGUGAUGAGGGAUUUGUUCGUGUCCGCCGCCAGGUCAACCUUGUGACAGAGUUUGUUGAAAUCGAGGCUUCACCGUUUCAUAGACCAAUGUGCAUUGAUCCUGGACGGGCUUUGGUUGCUGUUGCAUACUUAAGCCGUCAAGAGUACCGCAAAGCUCUUGUUACUGUUGUGGGAGAAGGCGCAGCAGAGAAGGCGCGAGAACUUAGUGGAUGUGACGUGAAAGGAUGGGAUAUUACAGUUGUUGGUGUUACUGAUCUCGGCGCAAAAAGAAAUCGCUCAUCAUCAUGUCGUUCUUUACCUAUGAAGUCGAAAGCUCUCGAUGAAGAAGACAAGGGAGUAGAAAGCUCGACCAAGUUCUUUGGUGUUUUUAACUUGUGAUACAAUACAAUGCAACCUUUUUU